AUGCAACCAAUCACUCAAGCAACCAAGAAGGACAACUCUGAGAACAAGGACAACUGGAUCCAGAAAGGAUACGCUUGGGACCCACAAUGUGUCAUUGCCUGA